CAAAGAAAGACUCGACUGAGAUCUUUCUCGGAGCCCAUUUCUCACACAAAGGCUGAAUGGGUGCGUAGUGGGGGUGAGUGAAAGACUGAGUGAGCAAGGCCCCCUGCACCUUUUCACUUCUUUUGGAUGAAACAAUAGUCUUUGUCUACAAUGUCCCUCCAUUCUUCUUGCCGGGUUGGGGGGAGUGUUUCUCUAUAGUAACAGUGACAAAACAAGGCAGGCCCAAAUGUGGUAGCAGACUCGAGAAGGACUUACACACUUGCUGCUCAUCAGUGACAGUUUCUCAGUGUUUUAGUGAUUAAUCCAGAAAGAUCGCCAGGGACGAGAGGAAAAAAAAACAUUAAUGUAUGACACUGGACCAGAGAUGUGUGUGUGUGAACGUAGUCAGUCCCCUGUGGAAGGGUAUUAGUGGAACCAGGGAGUCGUCUCACACACUUUCAUUCACUCCCCUCGAUGUCACAAUGAACCCAGAGACUCAGUAUGAAGACUCAGUGUCCAUUAUGGUGCUGGAGAACAUUAAAAACAAGCUCCGCCAUGCCUUCAGAACAACAGCCGAGCCACGAAUGUCCUCUGAAAAUGAUGAUGAUCCGAUGAGCACCAGCAGGAGUUUCCAGGCUAAUGAAGAGCUACGCAGAGCCAAGAUAGACGGAGCAAUUACCUGGUUACGCUCCGAACUGCUGGAGAUGCGCUCACAGGACCGACAGCUGGCUCAGACCCUGCUCGGGCUUAACACUGAGAUCCAGAGACUGAGGAGGGAAAGUGGUCCUCUUUUAUUCGACUCCAGUCACACAGAGCAGCACUGAGUUCACCAUGACAAAUGGAUAAAGAUGUCUUCUUAUCUGUUACUUCUGAUGUCUUGGCAUGAAGCAUGCGAGUUUUUAAUGCCAAAAAUGUGCAUUUAUGUUGAAUAAGAAUUUGUAUGCUAUAGUGUUAUAGUCUUGCUGCAUGUGAUGCUUGCUUUAUUUUUAAACAAAUGCUAAAUUGGAAGAUUAGAUACCUUCAAGAUUUUAUUUUAAAUGCUAUUGCAUGCUUUUUAAGGUUUAAAAGACAGGACUGGUGUGUUUAGUGUGUAAGACAAAGCCGAUAGGAAUCAGUGAAUCAGCUGUUGUUUCAGAUUACAUGACUGACUUGCACCCUAAAACUGCUCUUAUGGUCCCUGUGGUAAUAUGUGUGUGCAUUAUUAUGCAUGUUGGUACUUGUGGUGAAAAGGAUGCAGAACAAUACAUCUAGUGUUAUAUCUAGAGAAUAUAUCUGACAUUUUUAUCGCUGAGUAAAACAAAUUGCCAAACCAAUAAAUAAAUGAGAUUUUAUCAUGGCAUCUGAUUUUCAUCAUGGCAUGACCUCACCAGAAUAUACACUACCAGUCAAAAGUUUGGACACACCUUCUAAUUCCAUGGUCUUUCCUGAUGUUUAUUUCUUUCUACAUUGUAAAACAAUGCUGAAGGCGGCCGAAAUACACAAUAAUCUCGUUUGAACAGUUGAUAUUGAGAUAUGUCUGCUACUGAUGCUCUGUAAAGCCUUCAUAACGCCUCUAAUCUGAGGUGCUGUUAAUUGGUGAUUUCUGAGGCUGGUAACUCUAAAUGAACUUCUCCUCUGCAGCAGAGGUCAGUUGUGGUCUUGCUUUCCUGGGAUGGUCUUCAUGUGGUCCAGUUUCAUCAUGGUGCUUGAUGGGUUUUGCAAAUGCACUUGACAAUACUGUUCUUGCAAGAACUAUUCCAGAACACCUGACCUUCGUGUCUUAAAAUAACAACUGACUGUUUUUUGUUGUCGUUACAUAUGGAUUACUUAAGUCCAUGUGUGUUAUUUCAUAGUUUUGAAAUCUCCAGUAUUGUUCUAGAAUGUAGAAAAUAAAUCCCUAAACAAAAAACAUUGAAUUAAAAGGUGUGUCCAAACUUUUGACUGGUAGUGUAUAUUCACACCCCCACAAAAAUCACAAUAUAUAACUCUAUAGCUGUACAUUUAUACUAUAAAUAUAUCUCUUUUCAGCCUUGUCUAGAUGCUGCAGUAAAAAGUGUGUAAACUCUAUUUAUUACUAUAAAAUAAAUAGAUAAUAAUAA